AUGGUCCGGCUGCUGUUGGUUUUCUUCCCAGCAAUAUUUUUGGAGAUGUCCCUUCUCCCCAGAAGCCCCGGCAGGAAAAUGUUGCUGGCGGGAGCCUCAUCUCAGCGCUCGGUGGCCAGAAUGGACGGAGAUGUCAUCAUUGGGGCGCUCUUCUCAGUCCACCACCAGCCUCCAGCGGAGAAGGUGCCCGAGAGGAAGUGCGGGGAGAUCAGGGAGCAGUAUGGCAUCCAGAGGGUGGAGGCUAUGUUCCACACGCUGGAUAAGAUCAACGCGGACCCGGUCCUCCUGCCCAACAUCACCCUGGGCAGUGAGAUUCGGGACUCCUGCUGGCACUCCUCUGUGGCUCUGGAGCAGAGCAUUGAGUUCAUCAGGGACUCUUUGAUUUCCAUUCGAGAUGAGAAAGAUGGACUCAACCGGUGCCUGCCUGACGGGCAGUCUCUCCCCCCAGGCAGGACUAAGAAGCCCAUUGCAGGUGUGAUCGGCCCGGGCUCCAGCUCCGUAGCCAUUCAAGUGCAGAACCUGCUCCAGCUCUUUGACAUCCCCCAGAUUGCAUAUUCAGCCACAAGUAUCGACCUGAGUGACAAAACUUUGUACAAAUACUUCCUGAGGGUUGUCCCUUCUGACACUUUGCAGGCAAGGGCGAUGCUUGAUAUAGUCAAGCGUUACAAUUGGACCUAUGUCUCUGCGGUCCACACGGAAGGGAAUUAUGGGGAGAGUGGAAUGGAUGCUUUCAAAGAGCUGGCCGCCCAGGAGGGCCUCUGCAUCGCCCAUUCGGACAAAAUCUACAGCAAUGCGGGGGAGAAGAGCUUCGACCGGCUCCUGCGCAAGCUCCGAGAGCGGCUUCCCAAAGCCAGAGUGGUGGUCUGCUUCUGCGAAGGCAUGACGGUGCGAGGCCUCCUGAGUGCCAUGCGGCGCCUGGGUGUGGUGGGCGAGUUCUCACUCAUUGGAAGUGAUGGAUGGGCAGACAGAGAUGAAGUCAUUGAAGGUUAUGAGGUGGAAGCCAAUGGGGGAAUCACAAUAAAGCUGCAGUCUCCAGAAGUCAGGUCAUUUGACGACUAUUUUCUGAAACUAAGGCUGGACACUAAUACGAGGAAUCCCUGGUUCCCUGAGUUCUGGCAACAUCGGUUCCAGUGCCGCCUACCAGGACAUCUUCUGGAAAACCCGAACUUUAAAAGAAUCUGCACAGGCAACGAAAGCUUAGAAGAGAACUAUGUCCAGGACAGUAAGAUGGGCUUCGUCAUCAACGCCAUCUACGCCAUGGCCCACGGGCUGCAGAACAUGCACCACGCGCUCUGCCCGGGCCACGUGGGCCUCUGCGAUGCCAUGAAGCCCAUCGACGGCAGCAAGCUCCUGGACUUCCUCAUCAAGUCCACGUUCAUCGGUGUGUCUGGAGAGGAGGUGUGGUUUGACGAGAAAGGGGACGCUCCUGGAAGGUAUGAUAUCAUGAAUCUUCAGUACACUGAAGCUAAUCGCUAUGACUAUGUCCACGUGGGCACCUGGCAUGAAGGGGUGUUGAACAUCGAUGACUACAAAAUCCAGAUGAACAAGAGUGGGAUGGUGCGGUCUGUGUGCAGUGAGCCUUGCCUGAAGGGCCAGAUUAAGGUUAUCCGGAAAGGAGAAGUCAGCUGCUGCUGGAUUUGCACGGCCUGUAAAGAGAACGAAUACGUGCAGGAUGAGUUCACCUGCAAGGCCUGUGACUUGGGCUGGUGGCCCAAUGCAGAGCUCACAGGCUGUGAACCCAUUCCUGUCCGCUACCUUGAGUGGAGUAACAUAGAGUCCAUCAUAGCCAUCGCCUUUUCCUGCUUGGGCAUCCUCGUUACCGUGUUUGUCACGCUCAUCUUUGUGCUGUACCGGGACACACCAGUGGUCAAGUCUUCUAGUCGAGAGCUCUGCUACAUUAUCCUCGCUGGUAUCUUCUUGGGUUACGUGUGCCCUUUCACCCUCAUUGCCAAACCGACCACCACAUCCUGCUACCUCCAGCGCCUCCUGGUGGGCCUGUCCUCUGCCAUGUGCUACUCGGCUUUAGUGACCAAAACCAACCGCAUCGCGCGCAUCCUCGCUGGCAGCAAGAAGAAGAUCUGCACCCGGAAGCCCAGGUUCAUGAGUGCCUGGGCCCAAGUGAUCAUUGCCUCCAUUCUGAUUAGUGUACAGCUAACCCUGGUGGUAACCCUGAUCAUCAUGGAGCCCCCCAUGCCCAUUCUGUCCUACCCGAGUAUCAAGGAAGUCUACCUUAUCUGCAAUACCAGCAACCUGGGUGUGGUGGCCCCAUUGGGCUACAAUGGACUCCUCAUCAUGAGCUGUACCUACUAUGCCUUCAAGACCCGCAACGUGCCCGCCAACUUCAAUGAGGCCAAAUAUAUCGCCUUCACCAUGUAUACCACCUGCAUCAUUUGGCUGGCUUUUGUGCCCAUAUACUUCGGGAGCAACUACAAGAUCAUCACUACCUGCUUUGCAGUGAGCCUCAGUGUAACGGUGGCUCUGGGGUGCAUGUUCACUCCCAAGAUGUACAUCAUUAUCGCCAAGCCGGAGAGGAACGUCCGCAGUGCCUUCACCACCUCCGAUGUAGUGCGCAUGCAUGUCGGCGACGGCAAGCUGCCCUGCCGCUCCAACACUUUCCUCAACAUUUUCCGGAGAAAGAAGCCGGGGGCAGGGAGUGCCAAUUCUAAUGGCAAGUCUGUGUCAUGGUCUGAACCAGGUGGAAGACAGGUGCCCAAGGGACAGCACAUGUGGCACCGCCUCUCUGUGCACGUGAAGACCAAUGAGACGGCCUGCAACCAAACAGCCGUCAUCAAGCCCCUCACUAAAAGCCACCAAGGCUCUGGCAAAAGCCUGACCUUUUCAGACACCAGCACCAAGACCCUUUACAACGUGGAGGAGGAGGACGCCCGGCCUGGUGGCUUCAGCCCUCCGGGCAGUCCUUCUAUGCUGGUGCACCGACACGUGCCAACGGUGAGCACCCCGCCUCUGCUGCCCCACCUGACAGCGGAGGAGACCCCCCUGUUUCUGGCCGACACGGCCAUCCCCAAGGGCUUGCCCCCGUCCCUCCAGCAGCCGCAGCCUCAGCAGCCGCCGCCGCAGCCGCCGCAGCCGCAGAAAUCCUUCAUGGACCAGCUCCAGGGAGUGGUCAACAAUUUCAGCACCGGGAUCCCGGAUUUCAACGCUGUGCUCGCCGUGCCCGGGGGCCCGGGGAACGGGGUGCGGUCCCUGUACCCGCCCCCGGCGCCCCCGCAGCACCUGCAAAUGCUGCCGCUGCAGCUGAGCGCCUUCGGGGAGGAGCCCGCCUCCCCCGCCGGCGAGGACGAGGACGAGGAGGAGGACGACAGCGAGAGGUUUAAGCUCCUGCAGGAGUACUUGUACGAGCGGGAAGGGAACACGGAGGAAGAUGAGCUGGAAGAGGAGGAGGAGGACCCCCCAGCGGCGGCCGCCAGCAAACCCACCCCAGAGGAUUCGCCCGCCCUGACGCCCCCCUCGCCUUUCCGCGACUCCGUGGCCUCGGGCAGCUCGGCGCCCAGCUCCCCCGCGUCCGAGUCGGUGCUGUGCACCCCUCCCAACGUGACCUACGCCUCGGUCAUUCUGAGGGACUACAAGCAAAGCUCCUCCACCCUGUAG